GAGCAGAGCAAAGGCGCCUGCUCCCCUGCCAGCUCAGCUGACAACAGCAGCACCUCUGCAGCCAAAUCAUGAUGGCAGACUCUGGAAGUAACGAAGAAGUAGCUGUGAUCGGUAACACCGACAUUACAUCUACGGAAUCCGAAAACAACAUAAUAAACACGGUCGUACCUUUUGUUUUCAUCUAUAACACAUAGCGGUGGGGUUUAAAAGACAGCUUUAACGGAGGAAACUUUCCCUCACAGGCCGUCGUAAUGUUAGCUUUUACUUAAGGUGGAGUAAGUGUAUCACUGACAAACGGAGAUUUUUCUCUCACCUUUACAGAGAUGUUGUAGUACUGUGGAAACUUCAGUUUGAUGUCUGUAUGAAGCUCCCUGUUCUGCACUGAAACUUUGAAAUGACCAAGUUAGCUGAACUUGUUUUUGCUAACAGCCUGGAGCUACUGUGUAAACUUUACUUCUGACGUUAGCUUGUUAGCUAGCAGCUCUAAACACAAAGUUCAAAGUUUUGCUUUGUUUGAAGUGAACACUGUCGUCCUAAUGGGUAAAAAGUUCAAGUUUCAUUUCUGAAAGUCUCCAGGGAAAGUAACUUGAGUGCAUGAGUAAAAGUUGAUGUGGUUUGAGGAGUUGUAUCUUGUCUUGUGACCUGCACACGCCUGUCAUAACCCUGAGACUGUGACAGAGUCUUUGAUAGUAAAACUGCUGCUUUUCUGUGUGUGAUCAGCUGUCAGGCUGUUUAACCUGUUAAAGAAUAGAUCAAAACCACUCCUCCAUCUUGCACUAAGGAUUUCUUUCUCUCUGAGAUGCUGUAUGCACCUGUCUGGUCACCUGACAUAUAGGGGUGAGUGGGGUAAGUUGAGCCACCCCCUGUUGCUUGGAAAUGGUAAAAGAAGUCUGAGUCCGGCACAAGUUUUAUUAAAAUUGUUUUCAGACCAAAAAAGAUCAUUUUAAGUUUGUUUUAUACAUCAAUUAUGGUAUCUAUGAGCUACAACAUGAGGUCAAAAAACUAGCAUGAAAGUCCACCAUUUUAGCUCAGAGGACUAAUACAGUCGUAAUAGUAGUUUUGUGGUAAGUUGAUCCAGUGGUUCAACUGAGAAAGUAAAAGAGUCUGAUGAGAGGAUUAGAGUUUCAGUUCAGAUUGUUGAAAUGUGUUACUGUUUCUUUUCAAAAAUACAGCUGUGAAUGUUCUGAAUCACUUAAAGACAUUCUCAUGUUAAAAUGGCUUUUUACAAAACAGCUUUUUAGCACUUACAGACAAAACUGUGAUUGCCUUGAUGUAGUGAUCAGAAAUAUGAACAAUGGCUCAUCUUACCCCACUCUCCCCUACUGCAUGGACAUCUUCUGUCAUUCCUUACAUACCUCAGUGUCUUAAAAACAUGGCAAUCAACUGUUUUUGUUGUUCUAAUUGACUUUUCUUGUCUGUGUAGAUGGUGGAAAGAGGGACUGCUCUGUUGAAAAAAAUGGAGAUCAAUGUUGCAGAGGCAGAGAAGAGGACUGGGAAAAACACAGUCAACAUGCAGGAAACCUACACAGUCUAUCUUAUAGAAACACGGUGCGUCAUAAACAGGCGAUAUCUUGGUUUCCUUUUGACAUUAGUCGCUUUUUAAAUCCAACCUAUGUUCAAAAUUUACAUUUCUUUGUUUUUUUUUUACUUAAAUUUUAUUUGUAUUUUUUAAACAUAACAGAAACAAGACAUACGGUUAAGGUUAGGGCUAUAUGAAAUAAAGAAACUAACACAUUACUUCAAAAAAUGAACAAGUUUUAUGGAGCUACAUGGAAAAUUUUGUAAAUUACACUGUUCUGUGUCUGCUUGUUUUUAUUCAUAUUUUUCUAAAAUUUACACUUCUUUGCAUCUAUCUUUUAAUAGUUAAGUUUUCUGCACUGCAGUUGUCACAUUUGUUUUCGGCUGAGCUGAAUGACUUAUUUGAGGGGAAGAAUAGUGGCUAAAAGGUGAAAGGGGAGAAAUUACUUUUUCUUAUAAUUUUCACCUGCCUUACCUGCACUUUAAAAACAUGGGUAUGAUAUUUUUUCACUGAAUAACAAAUAUCUUUUUUGACAAGUUUGAUCUGCAGAAUAAUGCAGCUUUCUUAUGUAUAUUACAGUUUUAUUUAACUAUAACCUGAAAUUACCUCACCCUUUAUGGAGCACAACUCCAUCAGUGGGUAGAGCAAAGGUUGGUGUGAUUUUAAUGAGCCAAACAGGAUCAGAGAGCAAAUCAGUCUGCAGAUUAACUCACUGCCUUGUUUGACCCUCCGCUUUUAGGUUGGUACUUCAGUGCCUCUCUGAAUUCCAAUAACAGUUUUAGUUCUUUUAAAACAUCUUAAAUGCCUUAAACAGGAAAAGAUGCUCAAAUGUCUCAACACUUCUAUAGCUACAAAUAAAGCUUAUGGACUUUUCUGUCUGCAGCCCAGCUGAGACUGUCCCAGAGGGAGGCACUCCUGCAGCACCUGACACUUUGUGGAGACGCUACAGUGAGUUUGAGCUGCUCAGAACAUAUCUCCUUGUCACCUACCCUUAUAUCAUCAUCCCUCCACUACCAGAGAAAAGGGUGAGUAACGCAAACAUUAAAGAAAACUCAUGGCUAAUGAAAAAAGAUCACUUGUGUAAUUAAUUAGCUGUGAAUAGCAGCAUUUUACUCUGUGAGUUUGUUUCUUGUAGGCAGAGUUUGUUUGGCACAAACUGUCAGCAGACAACCUGGACCCAGACUUUGUCGAGCGACGGCGAGUCGGUCUGGAAAACUACUUGCUGCGAGUUGCAUCACAUCCUGUCCUUUCCAAUGACAAAAUCUUCUUCCUCUUUCUGACAGAGGUUAGCAGUCCAGCUUGUUAUACACAGGAGUCUUCUUUGAGGACCAACACUCUCCCACACACUCACACGCAGUCUCUUAACACAUUUCAGGUUUUGAACACCUCCACAGUACAAGAGGCUGCACUGGUUAGAGGAAGUAAAGAAAGAGGAAAAAUUGAGAAAGGCCAAGUGAAAAAUCGGUGCAGUGUUGCCGUUGGAUAUGCCUCAGAACCAAAACUCUACAUUUGUGGGUUGCCAGUUUAGCUCAGCUAGUAGAGCAGGCGUCCCAUGUAUCAAGGUUAUAGUCCUCACUGCAUUGAUCAUAGGAUGGAUCCCAGUCCUAGUGCUAUUCGGUGAACAUCACCCCACACUCUUUCCCUGUACGUCUCUUUAAAUCGAUCCUUUCUAAUGAGUGAAAAAAGCACAAAAAUCAUCUUUUGGGUGAAAAAAAUCCACAUUUGUUUUUUUGUCUUCUCCACUGAAGAGCUCAAUUCAGUGCAGCCUCUUGUGGUGUCAUGUUGUUGCAUUGAACACCUCAGUUUAACACAGUGUGGUCAUAAUCCUGUCCGUCAUGUGUCACUCAUCUUUCCUCAGGAAAAGGGAUGGAGGGAGGCUGUUUUGGAGACUGGCUUUCAAGACAAGGUUUGCAUUUAAAUCUGCUCUUUCUGGAUUGCUUACAGAGGAAUUUGUUAUUAACUGAGACCGUCUGUGUUCAGGUUUAUUGGCAUUUUUAUGAUCAGCGAAUUGAGUCACAUUAAACAUCUGUUUUUGUGGAUUCUCAUGUAUGCUGUACACAGGUUAAGUAACAUUGUUGUUAUUUUUCCUACCAGGUGGACUCCAGACUGAAGUCUCUGAGUGCUGCGUUCAGAGUCAAGAACCCUGACAAGUAAGCACAGAGCUGAAAAAGUUCAAGAUAUUACAAAUUGGUAACCCUUUGUUGUGAACAUGUUGUAGUAGUUUUAUUGAAACAGUGUUCCUGGUAGCAAAAUGUGUUGAAGAAAGCAUUUUAAGUGUUUUUUAGAGCCAUAAAUGACAACAUCACAGGCUGAAAUAUUCAGAUUUAGUCGAAUUCUUUGUAUGUUUUGAUCAUUUGUGUCUCGUCUUGUGUUCUCUAGGCGAUUCACUGCCCUGAAGCAGUACAGUGAUGAACUGAACACUGUCAUUUCUCAGUUACUGAGAGUGCGGGCGGUAAGUAUUCAGCAGGCUUUAUGGUAAACUGUCAGCUUAAGUUUAGUCAGUGGUUUAGGGAACAGUCUGACAAAUAUUGAGGGAAAUAAAUCAAAUAAAACAAAAUAACUGAUUUAUUUUCUCCAUACUAGAGAGUAGCAGACCGGCUGUAUGGAGUUUACAAGGUCCAUGGGAACUACGGCAGAGUCUUCAGGUGAGAAAUAACAAGGCUAUAUCUCUUCAAAUAGAAAAUGAAAGCUUUGGCUAAACUAAACAAGUCAUCAGUGGAAGUCUAGAUGUCUUCUGCCACAAUCAAACUAUAGCACAUAUGAGUUUGCAUUUCCUUUUGGUUUUCCCCACCACUUGUAUUAUUUUGUCAUAAUUACAAAGAAAAGGAGAGAUCAGUUUGAUAUAUAUAGGAUAGUUUAAAUAUUCAUGGAAAUGCUUGGUUUUAUAUUCAAAAAUGUAUUUAACCUUCUUUUUUGUGUGUCAUCAGUGAGUGGAGUGCGAUAGAAAAAGAGAUGGGGGACGGACUACAGAGUGCGGGCCACCACAUGGACACGUAAGUGGUAUUCCUGGAACUCAGUCUUGACUUAGACGUGCUUUCUGGUGCCUAAAUUGACUAUCAUCAAACUAUAAAAUUUCACGCGAUCUCCCAUAAUCUUUAUUUGGUUCUCUUACGAUUGUGACUUUGUGUGUUUGCAGGUAUGCUGCAUCAAUAGAUGACAUUUUGGAGGAGGAGGAGCAUUAUGCAGACCAGCUGAAGGAGUAUUUUUUCUACACAGAUGCUGUCAGGUAAGCAGAUGUGUUUGUUUUAGAAAAAGAGUCUCUUAUUUCACAGCAUAACAAGCUAAUUGGUAAACAGUCUGAUUAGUAGCGGUAUAAAUGAGUUAAGCCUAUGCUCUCGUGAAGGCUGACAGUUCAUCAGAGUAGAUUACCAUUUGAUACUCAUUUUCAUUAUGUCCUCAUGAGUGUUUAAUGCCAGCACACCCAAUUACAGCUGAUUAGAAGAAGUCUUGAUUGUAUGUGCUAAACUAGAAUCGACACUAAGGUAUUAAACAUAGGUGUAAUAAACCUUCUUCAGUGCUCCUCAUUGAUUUUUGUGUAUCCAAGUGACAACUUAGAGGCUCAAAUUAUGACCCUUAAUCAAUUAAGAACUGCAGUGAUUGGUUGAGGUGUCAGCUAGUGGAAGAAGACAAUUAAUUCAGAUUAAUGGGUAAUCGUUAAUUUUCAAGCAUAUAAAGCUGUUCGUACACACCUCCAGGUUAUACAUAAUAUGUUGAUGUUGCUAAUCUGUGCUGAUGGAUGUUUAGAUAGACACCUUUAAGACCAGUGGAUCAAACAUCUCAUUAUUUCCUCUACAUUAAAGGGAUGGAACAAAUAAUUAAAAUCACUAUUGCAAGACCAAAAGUGACCCAAUACUGUCACAGACCUGUGACAGUUUGAAAUAGAUCUUCCUAUUAAUGCAGGAAAAAGGGAAGUGGAGGGGCCAUUGUCCUAUGUGUGCCCAUUGUUCUUUGCACUCUGCCUUAGGUGUAGUACAGCGGAAAUAAACUGGCGUUAGCUCGAGAAAUGAAUGAUUUUGAAACUGUGGAUCCUCCUGCAGCUUUUAAAUCGGAUGUGUUUAAGGGCUGUGGGUUCACUGUGACAAGAGAUUAAAGAGGAGAUUCAGACUCUGUAACCUAGUUCUGUAAGGAUCUAAUUCAGCAUUUUCAAUCUGAAAAUCUUGAAUGUUCAUACUUAUCAGUAUUUCUUUGGAUCUCUUGAUGUUAUGCCUUGCACCGACAGAACCCCGUUUGAAUGAAGCCACAAACAUCUGUAAUCUAUCAAAGUUUCUGAUAAAAAUGUAACUCCUGACCAACCGGUUUUAUAACACAAAAAGAAAUGUAAUGGUGGCAGGUUGCUUUGAGUGAAGCGGUCUAAAGUUUGACUAAAUACUUUCAAUUAUCUUCAGGUUUGAAACAAACAAACAAAAGAAGUCACCUUUCGGUCACUGGUGCUGCUGUGGGGAGUUACUUUCUUUUGAUUCAAUCAAAGCAGCUUUUAAAAUCACACUCAAAGUUUUAGGGAGAUCCCCAAAAAUUAAAAAUUAUGAGUCCAGUGUGUUGAAAUCAGCAGGAGAAAAAAAACUAGUUCGCUAACUAGACAAGGUGAUAUAACAGUUUGUGUUCAGGGUGCAAGGAGUAAAUAGCUGUUAGGCAAAACUAAAUAAAAUAACAUGAUGUGUAAGAAUCUUGAAGGAUAAAAGGAUAAUAUAGAUGUUGCAUAUGACAUUACAGCCUGAUUUAUUUCCGAAUAUGAGAGACGAGGACUAAAGUUGCACAGACAACGCAGAUAAGAGGAUUUCAGCAGCUUCUCAGAGCUUUAAUAUCAGGAAAACAUCACAGUGAAUCUUGUCUUGCAGACUUGUUUUCCUAAUAUUGUAUCCUGUAUGUUGCUAUCCUAACAUCCCUCAUAUUAACAGUACAUGUCCACUUAUUUGACAAAGAUUAGGCAAAGUUGAUGUGAGUAGUGGUACAAAUAAAAUCACAUUUCUUCCCACACUACUCACUCAGAUGGACAUUUUUGGUGAAUCUUACUGCAGGUAGAUUUUUAGGGAUGUUCAAUAAAAAUCCACAGCAGUCGUUUGAUAUGUUUGGUUUUUCUCCAACUUAAUUCAAAAUAAAGCAGCGCAAAUGCAAAUACUUCCUGGCAGAUGCAAAUCUGUAGCUUUCAGCAGAACAGAGUAGAAGCACUGUUGUUAGGCCUAUCUGCCAGGAUGGAGCUCAGCAGCGGUCUACUUUAUUAGGAGUACUAGUGGAGGUGCCAUGUCUGGUUGAUCUUUUAUAAAAAUAUGUGUAUUAGGAUUCAACAGCACAAGUUCUGGACUUAAAUAUUUAUCAGUUAUCUUCAUAUUUUUCUAUGUUGUGUGUGUGUGUGUGUGUGCGUGUGUGCGUGUGUGUGUCUGAAGGUCUGUAUGCAGGAAACAUGAGUUGAUCCAGUACGAGUUGGAGAUUGCAGCACAAGAUCUGGCACACAAGAAACAACUGAAAGAAGAGUUGGCUACAGGGGUAACACACUAGCACCCUCACUCCCGCUGGCUUUAUUCUCUCAUUUUCUUUUACACAGCUUGCGCAAACACACAAGUGGUAUACUCAUUUACUCACAGUCCAAAUUUAGCACCCGCAACUCGCCAAAUGCUGUUAUGAAUUGAAAUUGGCAAAUAAAAGAAGCGAGACCAGGCACCAUCCACGGGUUUUUGUAUUUAGCUAACACAGGGCUUCAGUGUGGCAGACAAUCUGUGAAGUCCGUAUUCAUACUUUCAGAGGUCCCACAGAGUUCAUGGUGCAGACACACACUUGAAUUCAGAAGUCUGGCCUCUGUCUCUCCAUAUGAAUAACAUGCUCCACUGUCACAGUGGGAGGCUAAAGGGUGGAAUAACUUUACUAAGGAGGAUGCAUUCUUCUGCAUGUUGUAGCUUCUGAAUGUGGGCUAAUUUUAACAGCAGCAGGGGGGUCUAUUCAUAAAAGAGUGACCUCUGCUCUGUUUUAUGCAUAAAACUAGGAAAAGCUGAUGUUGCUAUUUUUUUCCCUUUCUGCAAUAUAUAUUACGUGACAUGUAAAAACACAUUUAUUAACACCAGAUAAAUGCAGGAUGUUUUAUAAAUAAGAAUAGCAAUAUUACAACUACACUUUUAUUACUUGAAGUCUAUUUUCUGCCGCCUCCUCCAGAUUGGUUAUCAGCCUUCUGGCUCGGACACUGACAUGGUAAAUUCCUGAAUGACCACAGUUGACUUAAACUCCAACUCUUAAGUUAUCACGGCUAAUUUUCAUGACAAGUCACUGUGCAUGUGUGUUGCAGGUGUAGAAGCUUCAAGUGAACCCCUGUGGUUGGGUUAGUGGCCAGCAUGUGUAACCACAACCACAAGGCGUUAGCGAGAGUACCUGUGACAGCAGCGACUUUACAUACAUAUUUACAGGUUAUAGUCAUGUGACGCACCAUCUGUUUCAGGUCACAUGAUGACACAUGUCUUGUGAUGUUACUACUGUCCAUGCAUACAUCAUUACUGCAGUGGUUAAAAGACAUGUUAUAGUCAAUGCUGUCAACACAUAAUUUAACAGUAUUUGACUAUUUACUGUUAGUGAACACACUGAUGGUUCCAGCUGUUUUAUACUUGGGCCACUAGAAGUCCAGUGCUCAGUUGAGAUGCAUUUUUCGUUUUACACUGCAUUUCACUCAAAUGGGGACAGUAUGUCUUUUUCUGCAUCAUGUGACUGUGACAGACCUGCUACCUUUGAUGAAAUAAAAUGCUGCUGCAUGUCUUUUAACAGCAUAUGUAAACACGACCACAUUUCCCCCAUUUUAGUCUCACUUCACUGGCUGCCCAUACAUUUUAGGAUUCAUUGUUUUUUAAAACUCUAAAUGGUCUUGCUCCGUCAUACCUCUCUGAGCUUCCUCACCCAUAUACACCCACUUGCGUUCUCAGGUCAGCUGAUCAGCUGUUCCUGACUGUGCCAAAAACUAAGCUGAAGCUGAGGGGGGACCGUGCAUUUGCAGCUCCAAAACUAUGGAACAGUCUCUCUCAAAACAUUAGACUGGCCUCUUCUCUGCUGGUUUUUAAGUCUCUUCUUAAAACCCCCUCUUCUCCUUGGCCUUUGUUUCCUAGUAAAACAUUGGCUUGAUUUCAUUUAAUUAGAUUUUUGUCUUUUUUAUUGUUUCUUUUAUUGCACAGCUAUUAUUUUCCCCGUGUUAUAUGCCUUUGAGAUCAUUUUAUCUGUUUUUAAAUGUAAUUUUAUGUUUUAUGUAAGAUGUUGUGUCUUUAUGUCUGAUACAGCACUUUGGUCAGGUUCUUAUGGCCCCCCGCUGUUUACAAUGAAAACAAACUCCAACAACAAACGAUCCACUCAUGAAAUACCUCCUACACUCACUCAGCCCUACUUUAUAAUAAUAAUAAUAAUAAUCUGACUCUGCACAGCUAAAUCCAGCCGAAGUGAGAAGUACAAUAUUUCCCUCCAAACAGACGAGUUUCAUUAUCACGAAACAGAAGUUCACUAAUGGUGUAUAAUUACUCGAGAGUUAUAUAAUCACUCUAAGUUCGAUGUGGAAGUCAUUGUAAAGAGUAACAGUCUGAGCUGGUUUUCAUUAAUAAAAUUGUAUCUAACUUAGUUUUAUGGACAGUAAAAUGACAUCUUGGCAGGUUUGAUAUUUUUGCGUAGCAGACCUGUAUACAUGAGUUCACAUCAGUUGACAAAAUCGUGUUCAACAACACCAAGCAGAGUAAAUUUGUUUGCAGAUUUACAUGCACAUUCGAAGAGCUGUUUUUGUUGCCCGAUUCUAAUUUGCAUGUUUGUGUGCAGACGGUGCGUGUCUUCUCACUGAAGGGGAUGACCAGUAAGCUUUUUGGCCAAGAGAGCCCUGAGCAGAGAGAGAGCAAGCUGGCAGCUUUGGAGCAGAGUAUCCAGGAGGGAGAACAAGCACUCAAAGAGAAGAACAGCGAGUGCCAGUGAGCUUGACACCACUCAGUCAAUUCUUCACCUUUCUCUGAUUAGUUUGUCUUUGAAAUGUCUCCCACUCACUGUUUGAGAUCUGUGCGGGGUCAACCCUUUCUUUGUCUGGGAAAACAGUAAGCGGUCUGUUUUUUGGCCACACUGUGUGCCCUCAAUUUGUACUAUGACUGAAUAAUCAUUGAAAACAUUAAAGCAGAAUGAAUUAACGGAUUUCCACAAAUUUGACUCUGAACUAUUAGAAAAGUUAAAGGGAUAUUUCAGCAUAAAACUAAGUUAUGGUUAAACACACCAUAACACUGAGUUAGACACCCCCUUGAGAGAUGAAUGUUGCUGACUGCUUGCUUCUCUCGUUAAAUCAGCUUUAGUAACGACGCACGAUAGCAAAACACAGCGGUCUAAGGAGCCAUAAACAAACCUUGACCAAAAAGCCACUCUAUAGCCACAAAUAAUGCUCAGAACAGCACCUAACUUCAUCAACAGUACAUAAAGGGUCCCAGCCACAGUACUAGCCAUCAAACAUCUUUUUAGCAUUGCCUGGUUUCUUUAGCAAAGAGACUAAACACAACUCACCCACUCUCCUCCAGCAGCCGCUUGUUUGUGGGGGGAGCCCUGACAAGUCGGUCACUUAGUGCAGUGGAAAAAUUUAUGAUUAUUACUUCAUGGAAAUGCAAUCAGAGUUUUUGUGUAUCUUGUAUGUGCACUACAGACAUGGUAGUUCUUUUGUCUUAGUGUCUCGGUCUGAUUGCAUAACCAUGAAGUAUUAAUCGUAAAUUUUCCGCUGCACAAAGUGAUUGACUUGUCAGAUUUCCGUCAGAAAUUAGGCAAAGUUAAAAAGAUGUUUGGCAGCUAGUACUAUGGCUGGGACCCUUUAUGUACUGUUGAUGAAGUUAGGUGCUGUUCUGAGCAUUAUUAGUGGCUAUAGAGUGGUGUUUUGGUUGAGGUUUGUGUGUGGAGAUGUAGACCGCUGUGUAUUGCUAUCAUGCGGUCAUUGCUGAAGUUGGUAUAACUAGAGAAGCAAGCAGUCGGCAACAUUCAUCUCUCAAGGGGGUGUCUAACUUGGUGUUUUACACCGGAAUAUCCUUUUAACUCACAAACUGCUGGAUGGUGUUAGUUGAGAUGCACCAAGAGUCAAACAAAGACCAACUAGAAAAAGCAGCAAUAAGAACGUAAGUGAACACAGAGCAGCUGAACUUUUUUAUUGUUUUUCCAGACAUCUCUCCUUCUUUACUUCUUCUCACGUCUACUCUUCCUCUCAAAAAAAGCUCACAGCAUCAUGUGUCUUUGUUUGUGUUUGUGCCUGCAGAGAGUUUGUGCGAACAGCCUGGGAGGACAUUGAGCGCUUCAAGGAGCAGAAGGACAAUGAUUUGCGUGAAGCACUAAUCAGCUAUGCCAUUAUGCAGAUCAGCAUGUGUAAGAAGGUAUGGAAGUCUGUAUGUUUGUUUUUGUUUGUUUGUGCCAGGCAUUUUCAGCAGACUGUAGCUCCCCAUCUGUUUUUCUGGAAAAUGGACUUGUUUGUUCCUUUUUCCUUUUUCUCAAUCACUCUGGUUUUUCUCUCAAUCAUUUGCUGUCACAGGGAAUCCAGGUGUGGUCCAAUGCCAAGGAGUGUUUCAACAAAAUGUGAGCCACUUUCCAGCUGAUCACUCCUGCACCAAAGCAAUAGACAGACAGAUUGUUCAGAGUGGGGGCUGCAGUCUGAUGGAGGCAGUAAUGGGAGCUCAAAUACUGCCCUUACUUUGUUUGCUUCUUAGAAUUCAAGCCACCGUAAAGGAUUCUUGACCUCCUUUGUCCUUUCAUGGUGCAUAUUUAUGUCAGGAAAUGGCCUUUUAUUAUGUCCAUGGCUUUAGAAUACCAUCUCAUCGUGCUUAGAUACGACUCUGCUGAUUUGACCUUCAUAAUGCAAAAUCGUUGAUGCUUUCCUUUGUUGCAAAGUUUGCAGCACAUCCAAGAAAAACCCUGCAACACAUUUGUCCUCUUAUAGUUCACUUUGAAACACAAUAAAUUUCACUCUUACGUUGAUGAUCAUCUUAACUGUUAUAAGGACGGCAACAUUUCACACUGACUGUGCAGAGACUUUAUUAACGGUGUCCCUGUGCCUCUCAAAUGUAGCAGUGAAACAAAAGGGAAUCAUUCAGACGACUGUAGUUUUGAUUUCUAUGUCUGCCUCUGCUCAGCCACAUUCAGUUUCAGGGGGUUAUGAGCCAAGCUGAAGCUAUCUUUGGCUGACUAUAAUCCUUAAUUCACUACAUCCUCCUCUUUGGGAAUGUUACUGAAACAUCAUCUGAUUAAUACGAGCAAAAUAAUCAGGAGGAAUGCUAGGGGAAGAUGGGCUGCACGCACUCAAGGAAGCCACUUCCUAUCACAUCGUAUGUCUUUGAUUCAUGUCGUACACUUCAUGAUGAAGUCAGUCUUUAUGCUGUUAUUAAUCAAUAGCUGACCAAAGAGCCUUUGACCGGGUACUUAUAUGGUACAGAUCUUGAAGAGGGGAAGUUUGUUUAUUGAUUUUGAACUUUUUGCUUCAUGCCAGGAGCAAUGAGAGAGAUGCACUUGUCUAGGCUUCAUUGUUUGGGUUUAAACCCUUUAAUUCCAGAAACCUUUACCCCCCACAAGUGUGACUAUAAGUGCUGAUAUAAGAAACAGACAUGAACACCAAUAGCUGAGCUGCCAGGCUCUUUUGCCUUAAAAUGCACAUGAGUUUAGUGAGAGCUUCUGUCUCUAUAAUGUCACAGCAUAAAAUAAUCAAACCACGUUCUAAGUGUGCCUCAGGUUUAUGCUUGUAAAUCAUAAUGACCAAAUUGUCAUUCUUUCUAACUCCAGAUAUGUCUGAUCCUCCAAAUCUGGCUGAAUAAACAUGCUUUAUACUCAGUCCAUGUGCUACUAUUGCUUUCUUUUCUGAUACUCUCACGAGGAGGACAAGGUGGUGCAGAAAUGAAGUGAGAUGUUCAGGUCGUUUCAGAAUAAAAUCUGCCUUUUUUAGAAGAAGAUUAACACCUUAAUGAAUGAAAACCAAAGCUUGAUGUCUGUUUUUACUUUAUAUAUGAAAUAAGAGAUUGUUUUUUAUGUUACUGUAAUCAUUGUGCUAUGACACUAAUAAAAGAUUUUCUUUUUUACACCAUC